AUGUCUAAAGACGUUCUUCCCUCCAAUGUGCGAGUCCUUUCGUCGCCUGCCUUCGCUGCCAAACUCGCCAUCCUGCGUGAUCGGAGCAUCAAGCCAAGAGCCGUCCGCAAAUUGACAGCCGAACUAUCAACCAUACUCGCAGCAGAGGCAUUCUCGGCUGGUAGCACGGCGUCCAAAGCUGCUUUGAUUGUGGUGCUGCGUGCGGGUCUUGCUAUGCAAGAUCCCUUCCUCGAUCAAGCACCUUCAGAUCUUGAUGUCUUUGUCUACCAUCUUGGCCUGUUCCGCGACACUGUCACCCUGGAGCCGGUUGAAUACUACAACAAAUUGCCCACGAGAGACCGAAGCAUCAAGCACGCCUACAUUGUCGACCCACUCAUCGCGACUGGUGGCACAGCUGCAGCAACGAUCAACAUUCUUAGAUCUUGGGGUGUUGAACACAUCACGUUCCUUUCGAUUUUGGCGAGCAGGGUCGGACUGGAGCAGGUGGCAAACACUUGGCCAGAGGGUACGGACUUCCUUGUCGGAGUGGUGGACGAGGACAUCGAUGAGAAGGGAUAUAUCGUGCCUGGUUUGGGAGAUAUUGGUGACCGUUUGUACCGUACAAAGUGA